CGACCUAGCAGGGCUGUAGCGCAGCCAGGAGCCAGCUGUGCCGCCCACUCGAUGAUCCAUGCAGUCCUGAUCUUCAACAACAGCGGCAAGCCCCGCCUCAGCAAGUUCUACUCGCCCUCUUCGCCAAAGACCCGUGCCGCCAUCCUCCAGCGCAUCUACACUCUCGUCUCGGUCCGCGACGACUCGCAGUGCAACUUUGUCGAGCUCCCAGCCGGCUUCGGCUUUGGCGACCACGGCGAGAAGGACGACUCGGAGCAGGAGGACCUCCGCGUCAUCUACCGCCACUACGCGACCCUGUACUUUGCGUUCGUCGUCGACCAGAGCGAGUCGGAGCUCGGGAUCCUUGACCUCAUCCAGGUCUUUGUCGAGUCGCUCGACCGGUGCUUCGAGAACGUGUGCGAGCUCGACCUCAUCUUUCACUUUGACGAGGUCCACACCCUCCUCUCGUGCCUCAUCACCGGCGGCCUCGUCCUCGACACGUCGCUCGACAGCAUCCAGGCCACCUUCCGCGCCCAGUCGCAGGCCAAAAAGGCGUCGCAGGGCAGCGGGGUCUCGGCGGG